AGAGAAGAAAAGAAAAAAGAAAAGAAAGGAAAAGAAAAGAAAAAAAAAGAAAAAAAAAAAACUUUAGGUUCAGACAGACCUGGAGUUUGAUUUUGAAGACAGUGGCAGAAACAGUGAGAAGAGCUAAAAUCCUGGACAUAAACCCAGGCCCAUAGAGAGAGAAAAUUUGAGAGUUUAGGUAGACUAUUGUUUAAAGGCAGGCUUCCCUAUUUGUGGGCAGGCACUGCACCUGUCUGAUCCUCCGUGUCCUCAUCUGUUCAAUGGGGCGUUAUCAACUUCCUUCUGGGUUGACUGAGCAUUAGACGGGUUAACGUAAGUUUCACGCUUGGCACCAGGAGUGACAAAAUAGUAAAAGCUGGAUAAGUGGCAGAUAUUUCUCAUAAAACGACACUUAUUCUUCCAACCCCACAUGCAAAAUGUAGGUAUUUGAAGUGGAUUACAGGGCAGGGUGAGUGGUAAACAGAACAGGUUGCUUUGCUGUGUCACCCUGGCGGGUCCCUGCCCCUCUUAGGGCCCCUGUUCGUGGUUCGUCGUUAGACUUUGAGAUCUAUGUUCCAAGAUUCACAGGAUGGCUCAGUUGAGGUGAAAGGGCAGAGGAGGAGAUUCUGGGAAACUGUAGGGCAGGGGGCCUGGGAGGCUGUAGGCCUCUCCUUCGUGGGCCCUCCCUUCUCCCAGCCCCCUCCCAGCAGGGGCCCUCCCUGUCCCCUAGGCGUCCCUAGCCCGGGAAAUAAACUGCAGAUAAGUCAGGGAGGGGACAGAGCGGCUCUAGGCGCGCCACAGAGAGGAGCGAGGCGCAGGAGGCAGCAUGGACUGGCAAGACCACAGGUCGACCACCGAGCUGCGCAAGGAGAAGUCCCGGGAUGCGGCCCGCAGCCGGCGCAGCCAGGAGACCGAGGUGCUGUACCAGCUGGCCCACACGCUGCCCUUCGCACGCGGCGUCAGCGCCCACCUGGACAAGGCUUCCAUCAUGCGCCUCACCAUCAGCUACCUGCGCAUGCACCGCCUCUGCGCCGCAGGGGAGUGGAACCAGGUGGGAGCAGGGGGAGAACCACUGGAUGCCUGCUACCUGAAGGCCCUGGAGGGCUUCGUCAUGGUGCUCACCACCGAGGGAGACAUGGCUUACCUGUCGGAGAAUGUCAGCAAACACCUGGGCCUCAGUCAGCUGGAGCUCAUCGGACACAGCAUCUUUGAUUUCAUCCACCCCUGUGACCAAGAGGAGCUUCAGGACGCCCUGACCCCCCAACAGACCCUGUCCAGGAGGAAGGUGGAGGCCCCCACAGAGCGGUGCUUCUCCUUGCGCAUGAAGAGUACGCUCACCAGCCGCGGGCGCACCCUCAACCUCAAGGCGGCCACCUGGAAGGUGCUGCAUUGCUCUGGACAUAUGAGAGCCUACAAGCCCCCUGCACAGACUUCUCCAGCUGGGAGCCCCGACUCAGAGCCGCCACUGCAGUGCCUGGUGCUCAUCUGCGAAGCCAUCCCCCACCCAGGCAGCCUGGAGCCCCCGCUGGGCCGGGGGGCCUUCCUCAGCCGCCACAGCCUGGACAUGAAGUUCACCUACUGUGAUGACAGGAUCGCAGAAGUGGCCGGCUACAGUCCCGAUGACCUGAUCGGCUGUUCUGCCUACGAGUACAUCCACGCGCUGGACUCCGAUGCGGUCAGCAAGAGCAUCCACACCUUGCUGAGCAAGGGCCAGGCAGUAACAGGGCAGUAUCGCUUCCUGGCCCGGAACGGUGGCUACCUGUGGACCCAGACCCAGGCCACAGUGGUGUCAGGGGGACGGGGCCCCCAGUCGGAGAGUAUCGUCUGUGUCCAUUUUUUAAUCAGCCGGGUGGAAGAGACCGGAGUGGUGCUGUCCCUGGAGCAAACGGAGCAACACUCUCGCAGACCCAUUCAGCGGGGCGCCCCCUCUCAGAAGGACACCCCUAACCCUGGGAACAGCCUUGACGCCCCUGGCCCCCGGAUCCUCGCCUUCCUGCACCCGCCUUCCCUGAGCGAGGCUGCCCUGGCCGCUGACCCCCGCCGUUUCUGCAGCCCUGACCUCCGUCGCCUCCUGGGACCCAUCCUGGAUGGGGCUUCAGUAGCCGCCACUCCCAGCACCCCGCUGGCCACACGGCGUCCCCGAAGUCCUCUUUCGGCUGAUCUCCCAGAUGAACUACCUGUGGGAACAGAGAAUGUGCACAGACUCUUCACCUCCGGGAAAGACACUAAGGCAGUGGAGACAGAUUUAGAUAUAGCUAAGGAUGCCGAUGCUCUGGAUUUGGAGAUGCUGGCCCCCUACAUCUCCAUGGAUGAUGACUUCCAGCUCAACGCCAGCGAGCAGCUACCCAGGGCCUACCACAGACCUCUGGGGGCUGUCCCCCGGCCCCGUGCUCAGAGCUUCCAUGGCCUGUCACCUCCAGCCCUUGAGCCCUCUCUGCUGCCCCGCUGGGGUAGUGACCCCCGGCUGAGCUGCUCCAGCCCUUCCAGAGGGAACCCCUCAGCAUCCUCUUCCAUGGCUGGGGCUCGGAAGAGGACCCUGGCCCAGAGCUCAGAGGACAAGGACGAGGGAGUGGAGCUGCUGGGAGUGAGACCUCCCAAAAGGUCCCCCAGCCCAGGACCCGAAAACUUUCUGCUGUUUCCCCUCAGCCUGAGUUUCCUUCUGACAGGAGGACCAGCCCCAGGGAGGCUGCAGGACCCCAGCACCCACCUCCUGGACCUGAAUGAGCCCCUGGGCCUGGGCCCCUCACUGCUCUCUCCGUACUCCGACGAGGACACUACCCAGCCCAGGGACCACUUCCAGCCAACGGCAGGCUCGGCCCAAGCCGACUGAGCCGCCUCCUCUCCCCAUCUGCCUUCUCCUCCCCCAGAGAGGACCUCAACCACACUCCAAGCCGGCAGCCAACGCACAGGAUGGGGAUGCCAGGAGAGGGGCCCCUCUCCUCUCUAUGUGCCCCCUGCCCACCUCGGGCCUACCUCAGCCCUCACCCCUCUGCCUGCUCCCAAUCUGGGGGCUCUUUGGGGUAGUCUCAGCUCAGUGACCUCUGGGAGGGGGUCCCUGGCUCCCUCCUCCUCCUCUCAGGAUUUCUCUUGGGGUUCUCAAUACUUGGUUACCUCAUUAUCCCUUUCUCUGCCUCUCUUGGCUUUAUUUUGGGGAAUUAGGGGUGGGGAGGGUUGGCGGGGGUCAUAUCUGUGUUUCCAGGUUCUGGGGAGAACAAUGAUCCACAGGUCAGUGUGAUCACGUUUCCUUCU